CGCAGUGGCGGGAGUUGGAGGCAAAGCCGCGUCGCGCUGAGGAGGGCGCAAACGGAGGCUCCUGUGGAACUUGGGGGCGAUCUUCUCGGCGUUCCCCUCAACUGAGCUUUCUCCUCAGGCCCAGAUGCUCUUCAACUCGGUGCUCCGCCAGCCCCAGCUUGGCGUCCUGAACGGGUGGUCUUCACAUUACCCUCUACAAUCCCUUCUAAGUGAUUAUCAGUGCAACUGUAAUGAUGAACACAUAUCAUACGGAGAAACGGGAGUCCCAGUUCCUCCUUUUGGAUGCACCUUCUGUACUGCUCCCAGUAUGGAGCAUAUAUUAGCAGUUGCUAAUGAAGAAGGCUUUGUCAGAUUAUAUAAUACAGAAUCACAAACUAGCAAAAAGACAUGCUUCAAGGAGUGGAUGGCUCACUGGAAUGCUGUCUUUGACCUGGCCUGGGUCCCUGGUGAACUUAAACUUGUUACAGCAGCCGGUGAUCAGACAGCCAAAUUUUGGGAUGUAAGAGCUGGUGAGCUAAUGGGAACAUGCAAAGGCCACCAGUGCAGCCUCAAGUCUGUAGCUUUUUCCAAGUUUCAAAAAGCUGUAUUCUGUACAGGUGGGAGAGAUGGCAACAUUAUGAUCUGGGACACCAGGUGCAACAAAAAAGAUGGAUUUUAUAGACAAGUGAAUCAAAUCAGUGGAGCUCACAAUACUGCAGACAAGCAAACCCCUUCAAAACCCAAGAAGAAACAAAAUUCAAAAGGACUUGCUCCUUCUGUGGAUUCCCAGCAGAGUGUCACUGUGGUCCUCUUUCAGGACGAGAAUACAUUAGUCUCAGCAGGAGCCGUGGAUGGAAUAAUCAAAGUAUGGGAUUUACGAAAGAAUUACACUGCUUAUCGACAAGAACCCAUAGCAUCCAAGUGUUUCCUGUACCCAGGUACCAGCACUCGAAAACUAGGAUACUCAAGUUUGGUUUUAGACUCUACUGGCUCUACUUUAUUUGCUAACUGUACAGAUGACAACAUCUAUAUGUUCAAUAUGACUGGCUCAAAGUCUUCUCCGGUGGCUGUCUUCAAUGGACACCAGAACUCUACCUUUUAUGUGAAAUCAAGUCUUAGUCCAGAUGACCAGUUUUUAAUCAGUGGUUCAAGUGAUGAGGCUGCCUACAUUUGGAAGGUUUCCAUGCCCUGGCAUCCUCCUACUGUGCUCCUGGGUCAUUCUCAAGAGGUCACGUCUGUGUGCUGGUGUCCAUCAGACUUCACCAAGAUUGCAACCUGCUCUGAUGAUAAUACACUAAAAAUCUGGCGCUUGAAUAGAGGCCUAGAGGAGAAACCAGGAGGUGAUAAACAUUCCAUAGUGGGUUGGACCUCUCAGAAGAAAAAAGAAGUGAAAGCCUGCCCAGUAAUGGUACCAAAUAGCCAGAGUACUCCUGCCAAAGCUCCCAGAGCCAAGAGCAGUCCAUCCAUUUCCUCUCCUUCAUCAGCAGCUUGUACUCCAGGCUGUGCAGGAGACCUCCCCCUUCCUUCAAAUACCCCCACGUUCUCAGUCAAAACCACUCCUGCCAAGACCCGGUCUCCAGCUAGCAGAAGAGGCUCCAUUUCUUCUGUGUCUCCCAAGCCACUCUCAUCUUUCAAGAUGUCGCUUAGAAACUGGGUGACCCGAACACCUUCUUCAUCACCACCUGUCACUCCACCUGCUUCUGAAACAAAGAUCUUAUCUCCAAGAAAAGCUCUUAUUCCUGUGAGCCAGAAGUCAUCACAAGCAGAUGCUUGCUCUGAAUCUAGAAAUAGAGUGAAGAGGCGUCUCGACUCAAGCUGUCUGGAAAGUGUGAAACAAAAGUGUGUGAAGAGUUGCAACUGUGUCACUGAGCUUGAUGGCCAAGUGGAGAGCCUUCAUUUAGAUCUGUGCUGCCUCUCAGGCACUCAGGAAGUCCUUAGCCAAGACUCUGCUGGUCCUACCAAAGCAAGCAAGAUUGAAGAUGCUGGCACAAGCAUCUCAGAGCCUCCUUCUCCUGUCAGUCCUUAUGCUUCUGACGACUGUGGACCACUGCCUCUUCCUUUGAGACCUUGUGGAGAAGGAUCUGAAACGGUGGGCAAAGAGAAUAGCUCCCCAGAGAAUAAGAACUGGUUAUUGGCUAUGGCAGCCAAGCGAAAGGCAGAAAAUUCAUCCCCAAGAAGUCCAUCAUCCCAGACACCCAGUUCCAGGAGACAAAGUGGAAAAACAUCACCAGGCCCGGUCACCAUUACCCCCAACUCCAUGAGGAAGAUAUGUACAUACUUUCGUAGAAAGACUCAAGAUGACUUCUGUAGUCCUGAACACUCAACUGAAUUGUAGACUCGAAUCUGAAAGUUUAGGUCUACAAAGAUAAAGACUUUAAAAUUCUGGUCUUUAAGAAAAUGGUCAACUUUUCAUUUUGGAAAAAGUCCUUCUAUUCUUUAGCAGACCUAGUCAGGCCCCACUGUUUAGACACAGCUGCCUGAAGUGAGUGCUGUCUCCAGUUCCGGGGGCAGGGUGGCGUGUCCUGUAGUCUUCUCCAGCAGUGUGUGAUAAGGACAUCCAGCUUACGGAUGCAGAAAGCCAGGAGUGCUUCUGUGGAGAGUGUCUGCUGGUCAACACAGGCCGUCUGUGAAGACAGCCUCUGCAGACGACGAGCAAGCGUGAACUUAUUUCAAAUAUAAUUUGUUCACCAUAUUUGUGUUUAUGUGUAUAUGUGUUUCUCAGACUGUGAUAUUCAUGUAGUGUAUUCAUUGUUUUUAUGUAUAGCAUCUUGAGUAGAGGUCAUGAUUAUUUUAAAGGCAACAGGAAGCUGGGUUUGUUUCUGGGAAAGCUGUGGAGAUCCCAUGGUUUUGUUUAUUUGUUUGUUUGUUACCAGAUUUCUAUCACAAACCAGCAUCACUCAUGGAGGGGGGGGUACUUUCUUGAGAGAGCGAUGCUUUAUAAAAUCAGUAUUCACUGAAACCAGGGCAGUUCUCUAGGGUCUGUGACUUUUUUUAAAAUGUCAUUAGAUUUUUCAGAUAAAGAAAUUUCUUACUUAUAAAAGACAAUAUUGCUAUAAAAAAAAAAAAAGAAGAAGAAGAAAUCUAGGACCUAGGAAAUAAGGCUUUUUCUUUUUCUUUUUUUCCAAAAGGCACUGGCUGUCUAGUAUAUUGGUAAGCAAAAAAUAAACACAGCACUUUAUCUAGACAGUGCAGAGGUUAUGUCAGCUGACUCUAAACUGUACUUGAAAUAUUGUAACCUUUUUUUCCCUUAAAUGCUACAUGUUGGUCCUCAUGAAAUGAGCAUCAUAUCUCCCUUGCAGACUCUUAGGAAGAAACUUUGAGAAAGGUGGUCCCUUAUAGUUAGGAAGAGUUUGUUUCAUUCAAAUCUCUGGGGACUGGUUAAAUUUUAUUUCUAUUCUCAUGAUUUUUAAAUCUUUUAUUAAAAACUUUAAGUCCUUUGAGAUUGUAAGUUAAGCUUAUAAAACAAACCAAACUGAGGUUAAGUAAUAAGUGUUGGUUUUCUGUAGUUUUAUUUAGAAAAAAAAUUAAAGGAAGUCAGAUUACAGAUAAACCACACACACACACACACACACGUAGCAGCUUUUGCUGAGCGUUGGGGACUCUUUAGUGAUGUUAGCUUUUUGAGUAGUGGGCAGUAGGAAGAAAUUUUUAGUGAUGCAGAACUGCCAAGAAUGUUGAAUAUCUGUUGCUUUAGAAGCCAGUGGUGGUGGUGGUGGUGGUGGUCAGGAGAACAGAUGAUUUGUGUCUGUGCCUGGCCAUACUGCCAAGUGAGGCUGGGGUGAGUGGCUGUCAGAAACUUCAGGCUCUGCUUGGAAAACUCGUACAACAAAUGGGUGUCAGGGGUCAUGUGUAAAAAAGUAGUAAUUAUCCCCGUUGUGUAAUUUUUGAGCUGACCCUGAAUAAUAAGCCUUUUACCUUGUCUGAUGUUGUCCUUUCCUAAGCUUUUUACAGUGACCUGAAAGCAAUCGAAAGUAAUCCUAGAGUCCCUUUUGCUUGCUUGUAGAGUAAAAUGUGUUGUUUCCAAAGGUAUAAUCUAGUUCAAACUGAAAGAGGUUCUAAUAAACGUCUUAUUUCAUCAAACCUCAAAUGUUAA